AUGUACAGGAGGAGCAUACAGGAGGCGUAUACAGGAGGCAUGUACAGGAGGAGCAUACAGGAGGCGUAUACAGGAGGCGCGUACAGGAGGCGUAUACAGGAGGCGCGUAUAGGAGGUGCGUACAGGAGGCGCAUACAGGAGGCGCACACAGGAGGCGCGUACAGGAGGCGCAUACUGGAGGCACAUACAGGAGGCGCAUACAGGAGGCACAUACAGGAGGCGCAUACAGGAGGCGCAUACAGGAGGCACAUACAGGAGGCGCAUACAGGAGGCACGUACAGGAGGCGCAUACAGGAGGCGCAUACAGGAGGCAUGUACAGGAGGAGCAUACAGGAGGCGUAUACAGGAGGCAUGUACAGGAGGAGCAUACAGGAGGCGUAUACAGGAGGCGCGUACAGGAGGCGCAUACAGGAGGCGCGUAUAGGAGGCGCGUACAGGAGGCGCAUACAGGAGGCGCACACAGGAGGCGCGUACAGGAGGCGCGUACAGGAGGCGCAUACAGGAGGCGCAUACAGGAGGCGCGUACAGGAGGCGCAUACAGGAGGCACAUACAGGAGGCGCAUACAGGAGGCACGUACAGGAGGCGCAUACAGGAGGCGCAUACAGGAGGCGCAUACAGGAGGCACAUACAGGAGGCACGUACAGGAGGCGCAUACAGGAGGCGCAUACAGGAGGCAUGUACAGGAGGAGCAUACAGGAGGCGUAUACAGGAGGCAUGUACAGGAGGAGCAUACAGGAGGCGUAUACAGGAGGCGCGUACAGGAGGCGCAUACAGGAGGCGCGUAUAGGAGGCGCGUACAGGAGGCGCAUACAGGAGGCGCACACAGGAGGCGCGUACAGGAGGCGCGUACAGGAGGCGCAUACAGGAGGCGCAUACAGGAGGCGCGUACAGGAGGCGCAUACAGGAGGCACAUACAGGAGGCGCAUACAGGAGGCACGUACAGGAGGCGCAUACAGGAGGCGCAUACAGGAGGCGCAUACAGGAGGCACAUACAGGAGGCGCAUACAGGAGGCACAUACAGGAGCCUUGUGGCCAUCGCCAUCGAACGCUACAGCGCCAUCUGCAACCCACUGCAGUCGCGCUCGUGGCAGACACGCUCGCAUGCAUACCGCGUCAUCGCUCUUACCUGGCUCCUGUCCCUGCUGCUCAUGGUUCCCUACCCUGUCUUCAGCAUCAUCAAGGGCUUCAACAAACCAGGAGGAGAACCUGGUCACAUGUGCCGACUGAGCUGGCCCAGCGCGCAGGCCGAGCAGGCGUGGUACAUGAUCCUGCUUUUCCUCCUCUUCUUCAUCCCUGGAGUGGUAAUGAGUGUGGCCUACGGACUCAUCUCUAGAGAACUCUACAAAGGCAUGCAGUUUGAAAUAAACCAGGAGGCCGCUGGUGUUUCACUAUGGGGAAUCGCCUUGGGCGUGACCAUCCAUGGAAGCUACAAUGGCACCACGUCUGUCUUUUGA